AUGCACGUGAACAGUAGUCUAGGGAACACGCUGCUACACGGAACUGAACUUCCUGUAUUUAAAGACUUCUAUGCUUUUAAGAUGGCAAUAAGUGGGUCAGUGCAGGACAGUCAGUACCACGGACACACGGCAUCCACUGAGCACCACCGACAAAUCACCAACGACAAAGUCCCACGGACACACGGCAAAAGCGCCUUGGCUCGGCCCAGAAAAAAAAAAAACAAAAACGCGAGGGGAGACAGCGCAAGUGAAAGUUCGGGCCACAGCCCCACAGGCAGCGUCCCCAUCAGCUUCUCUCCCCAGCUCUGCGUGGGCACAAGGCGGCAGAUCCCGCAGGGCAGCCGGGAGGACCUGUUGAGGGAUCUGAGGCCUCGCGACACGCUCGCCUGCAGCCCCCGGGGGAGCGACGGACACCGGCCGCGGGGACAUUCGCUUCCACCGCUCCCCUCCGCCCGCCACACGGUUCCGCGCAAAGGGCCCUCGGGCCUGGCCAGGCGGGAGGCGCGGGGACCCGGCGGGAGGAGCUCACAAGACUCCGCGGCUUCCCGGCGCCAGCAGGCCGCGCGCGGUUCCCCGCCGCCUUCACCCGGGCCUGCUCCCCACGGCAGCCCGAGGUUCAAGGUGCCGGGCCGAGGGAACGCGCCCACCCCGCAGGCCUCACCGGCCCGGGGCAGUCCCCGAGGCCACCGUCAGCCGCCGCCCGCCCGGGAGGCCGCGGCCCGGCCCACGGCGGCGCGGGGCCUGCGGGGCUGCGGAGGACGCCCGGCGGGGUGGAAGUUGGCAUCCCCGCCCGGCGGCGGUUCACUCGGCGCGGGCGCGGCCCUCCUCCGAGUUCAUUGUGUGCGCUCGACUUUUUCCUCCCCGCGCGGGGCCGGGCCGGGCAGGGCAAGCGGGGCCUGGGCCGAGCCGCGCACGGGGGGCUCUAGCGGCGGACGCGGGACCUGCGCGGCCCGCGCUGCCUCCCCGCCCCGAGGCCGGGGGAGCCCGCCGCGCCCGCUCCUACCUUCCCUCGACCCGUCCUCGGCGCCUCUCCGAGAGACCGGCUUCAGCAUAUUCUAA